AUGUUCAUCAAUCUUAAUUCUCAGUAAUUAAUCCUUCAAGCACAUAGCUUUAAUGGCUUAUCCUUUGUGUUUAAGCAUUAGCACUACAAAACUCAUACCACUAGCCUUGUUCAGCCUUCUAUUAGGCCUUGUCAAAGACAUUCUCAAGGUGGUAUUCUCUUGUCUCCCUCUUCCAAACAGAGCAUUAUCCGAGAAACACACCAUUAAUGACUCUGCUGCAGAAUAUUAUUGCCCAUCUCCUUUGUUAGUAACAGUCCCUGUCCACUGCGUAGUUGGCGCGAUCAAGGAGAGUGUCCCGGUACUUGAAUAUAGUUGUGUCCUUGAAAGGUUAGGAGCACAUGAUAAAGCUAAUUCACAUUGCGUAGUGUGCUUGAAUCGAAUGAAGGGUAGUGAUGAAGUUAGAGAGCUCUGCAAUUGCUGUCAUAUGUUUCAUAGAGAGUGUAUCGAUGCUUGGAUCGAUGAAGGUCAAGUAACUUGCCCUCUCUGUAGAGCCAAACUAUUGCCAUAUCAAGAAGAGGAUGAAAUGAAGUGUGGAGGAGAUCCAUGGAGAAAAGAGAGAAUGAUUUACUUGUUUGGUGAUGAUUUUGUGAUGGGUACCUCCUAAUAUGAAGUUCUAUAGCCACAAAGUUAGCAUUUGGAGUACUCAUUUUAAUAGCAAGAACAUUGAGACCUGCCAUCUUCAUGCACACACACACACAAUUAAUCUAUAUCUACAGUUCUUGAAGAUAGGCUAUUUAGCAUGUAUAUUAUGUCACUCUUUGAAAUGUAUAUACAUUGUGUACCGGAAGUUUUUACUCUUUGAAAUGGAUUCAAAACGUUUCAUUAUGUACAUUUUUCUCUUGAAUGCUCAAAUAUGUGUUCACUUUUAAUUUAGUUCUUUCUGACCCACAACUAUGUUUAACAUUAUUAUUAUAUUUUUUUUCUUUUUUUUCUUUUUUGACAUUGGCAAGAAAUCCAAACUUUUUUUCUUAUACGACUUGAACCAAUAACCUUUUAUUUUGAAAUAUGGGAAAGUAUCACUAUAUUACAGUUUUUUGUUUCAGUUAUAUUAUAGUAAAAUAUGAAAAAAAUAAAUAAAAAGUGGGAUCAUAUGUAUUUUUUUUAAAUCCAGUGGGAAGAA